AGGGAAGGAAGAUAUGGCUGUUUUCCUCGCGAUUUUCGGGAUCGUUUUUCUUUGGUCAGGGGCUAUGGCACAGUUCCUGGAACCAAAUUGCGGUCUCUCAGGCAUUACGCCUAAAAUAAUGCAUGGCCAGGAUGCAGAGCACGGAGCCAAUCCUUGGAUGGCAUACAUUUACAAGACUAGCAAUGAGAGUGUAACUGAGUUUGUAUGCGGCGGAACUCUUAUCCACAAAGAAUUUGUUUUGACUGCAGCUCACUGCAUUGUUAAUGACGACAUUCUUGCCGUGCGCCUUGGAGAAUAUUUUUCGCAGAGCAGGUCUAGUACAUCCUGGGAUUUCGCAGUGACCAAGGCCUUUCGAAAUAAGCAUUAUAAGCAAGCAGAGCAUAUCCAUGAUAUAGGGAUACUGAGGGUGGGCCCAGAAGUGCAGUUUAACGCCUUCAUUAGGCCCGUUUGCAUCCUCACGGAUCCAACAAAAGUACCCAUCGUCAGAACCUACAGAGCAGCAGGUUGGGGAAAAACGGAAAACGAGAAAACAGCGAGGGUGUUACAGAUUUUGGAGCUGAACGAACUGGAUGCAUCUGAUUGCUAUAACGCUUUUUGGGUGAGGACCACCGAGAGCCAGAUCUGUGCAGGACAUCCCAUCGGGGACACCUGUAUGGGCGACUCUGGAGGUCCAUUGGUCCACCAGGUUUCCAUUGAUGGUCAACUGCGGUACGUGCAACUUGGAAUCGUUAGUUUCGGCAGCACGGAGUGCCGAAGUCCGGGGGUUUAUACUCGGGUUACCAGCUAUAUCGAGUGGAUCCUUAAAGUCGUAAAUAAUUACUCGGUACACAGGCAAUGGAACAUACAAUUUCGAAAUGAGCCUUGA